AUGGCUCGUUAUCCAUUCACUCCGCUGCCCACUGGCUCUAUCCGUCUACUCCGACUAUCCCCGGUCACAGCAAAUUCAAGUUCAAUCAUUUGCGGCACUUUAGAGGUCCAUGAUCUACAAACUUCUCCGCCAUUCAUCGCGCUUUCAUACGAAUGGGGUCCUCCAGAAGCAAACCACCCGAGUCUGUAUCUCAGAGGUGGCACCGUUCCACUACGUAGCAACGCAGCUGCAGCACUGAUAACGCUGCGAGAUCAUCACAACGUUACGCGAAUAUGGAUAGACAUGGUUUGCAUUGACCAGGAGAACACUCCUGAAAGAACAGCCCAGGUUCAAAUGAUGGAUGCCAUUUACUUGCGCGCAGCCGAGGUUCUCAUUUGGCUGGGUCAAGAGGAUGAUCUCACCGAGCUCGCCUGCGACUCUGCCAUCAAGAUAGCGCGGUACGGCGGGCUACCGCCGAGCCGAAGAAGCAGAAACUUGAGUCAGUUGAAGAUCAUGAGAGGUUUGGAAGUAGCUGCUAGUGAACAGAAAGAGCUGUUUACGACGCAUCCCGAGAAGGAAAACGGUCCAGAACGGACAACUGCAAAAUACAAAGAACCCGGGCUGUUAACAGCAUACGAGCGGGCGGCUAUAUAUGAAGCAGAGGGGAGAACGGUCAACCAAGAGACAGAGUUUCUAGCCGACUUCGCGCCCUUUGACAAUAAGGAUGAGGUGUCAGUAAUGGCGGCACAACUAAACGCCAUGGACUUGCAGUGGACAACUUCAUUCAUUGAGAGGCAGCUUCGACAGAACCUUUUUCGCAAUCCGGGUGUUAUUCCUCCGGCAUCAGCACCAAUGAAAUGGGACCCGAGCAUGUUAUCUCAUCAAAACCGAACCAUCAUUGACCAGCUCAACCUCUCUGGCCCUGUCGAUCUGGUUUGGCACUCGCUGACUAGUUUAUUUAGUCGGAGCUGGUUCUUUCGUGUCUGGAUGCUUCAGGAAUUGGUUCUCGCCAAGGAACCAACAAUCAUUGUCGGAACCUUGGCACUCAGCUGGGAUGCGCUCAUGUUCACUGAUACCUUUAUCUGGGAAUUGGGGCUUUUCGGCAGUCGUAAUAGCAGGGCUAGUCACAUGGCUAUUCAGAUGGAUAUCCAAAGAGACUCGUAUUGGGGCAAAGGUGGGCCGAGGGAUGUGGAGGGCGGAGCGACUUUAGAUCAGCAGCUUACCAUACUGAGAGCGAGCGAUUGUUCUGAACCUCGUGAUAAAGUCUUUGGGAUCCUUGGAAUGGUAGAUAAACGCCAUAAAGACGCUAUCACCGUGGACUACAACAUUCCACUUUCCGAGAUUUACGGCUCUGUCACGAGGUAUGAGAUCACAUCAUCUCGAACACUUGAUGCGCUCCGUUUUGUGGCACCCAACAUGUCUCCAGACCUACCAAGCUGGGUAUCGGAUUAUCGAAUACGAACAAUCGGCUCUGAAAUGUUCCCCGUCGCCAGAGAUAACGACCUGGAUGCUGCCGGUGGGAGAUUGGUGACUACCGAUUUGAUCAACAGCGAGAGUGCAAAGAGAAGUCCAUCGGCACUUCGUCUGCGAGGUCGCUACGUGGGCAAGAUUGAACACCUCGGUACAAAGAUGCAGCUCACAGACCCUUACAAAAAAGAUCUCAGUCGUCAGAAACGUCCCGCCCUAAACAUGCUAACACAUCUCCGACAGCACCAAAUGGUGCAAAUGGUGAUUGACCAGUGGCGAGGACUAUGCGCUGCCAGAUCCUCCGAUCCAUAUCCAGCAUAUAGACCUGGUGAAGCAGAUGCCUUUUCACCUAGCGACCAGUCACUCAUCUCGGCCUUUUGGCGCACCGCUUGCGCAGACAUGUUUCUAGGCGGCGGUGGUUUCACAGCAGCUCACGAAUGGGAGGCUGUGCAGUGCAUUCUCCAUCAUCAGGUAGAUGACCUGCCAGAGGCUAAACUCCCGAACUUGAGUGUGGAUGAGUACCUAGACUGCAUGCUCUUGGGGAUGGGGGGUAGAUUGCGAGCGGACUGGUAUGGUGCUGAUACAUUUUGGAAAUACGCUGGCAGUAUGAGUGCACACAAGAGAUUCUUUGUACUUGGUGGAGGUUUCAUCGGCACGGGUCCGACUUAUUUGAAGGAGGGUGAUGAGGUAUGGGUUUUGGAGGGCGGUGUGAUGCCGUUCAUUCUUAGGGCUGUGGAUUCAUCUAAGGAGACUGCGAAGAAGGUAAUAGAGUCAGGUGAGAGGCAUGUAAGGGAGUUGGUAGGCCCUGCCUAUGUCCAUGGGAUAAUGAGAGGUGAAGCUUGGGGUAACGGUGAUGAUGGAGUGGUUGAAGUGGCAUUGGUAUAA